ACACACGAGGAAUCUCCUGUAGUUGCUGUCACGCCACCCUGAAACCUGGCAUUCAGGCUGCGGCUCCUCCAGCCUAACACAGUGCAUCCCGUUUUAUGGAGAUCCUCUCAUGGCUCCAUACAAGUGAACACAGAGGAAAUUCACAUACAGUAAUCCGGACCACAGGGAUGACUGAACGAAUCCCGGGGGCUCUGUUUCAGUAAGAGACGCAGUCACGCAGCUGUCCUCCUUCAGGGACGACAUGAUGUCUGCAAUAGAGACCGGCUUGUACCAACCCGCUCAGCUGCUCAGCUGGGUGUACAUGUCCUUGCAGGACGCCCCGGGCAGCGCUAUCGAUGGCGUUAAGGUCGAGUCGGACUCCUCCACUCGGGACGGGACGGAACGCAUCGCGGCUGAUCUGAACUCCAACUAUCUCAGCAACUUCUUCCAUCUGAACACUGAGGCUUUGACUAAAAGUUUCUACAAAAACUCCUCUCAAUAUGGGUCCUUCAGUAACAUCGUUGACGGACUGAACUCUCUGGCAGACCACUUCUCAGAUCUCUCUCUGUCCCCUGAAACGCACAAACCCAGCAAAAGGCCGCCACCCAACUACUUGUGCCACCUAUGCUUCAACAAAGGACACUACAUCAAAGACUGCCCUCAGGCUCGACCCAAAGGUGAAGGGCUGACCCCGUACCAGGGAAAGAAGAGAUGCUUUGGGGAAUAUAAAUGCCCUAAAUGCAAGAGGAAGUGGAUGAGCGGCAACUCCUGGGCCAACAUGGGACAGGAGUGUAUCAAGUGCCACAUCAACGUUUACCCUCACAAGCAGAGGCCUCUGGAGAAACCAGAUGGGUUGGACGUGUCAGACCAGAGCAAAGAACAUCCCCAGCACCUGUGUGAAAAAUGCAAAGUCCUCGGCUACUACUGUCGCCGCGUGCAGUAGGACUCUCAUCCUCUCCUUGCUCAGCAUAGACUCCUUCAAAACAUUCACCGUUCCAUAUUUUACCAUUUAAAAAAAGUAAUAAUGAAUCAUUUCUGUACUGUAAUGAAUCUAACAUAAGUCUCAUGAAAUAGGUUUUCUGGAAAAUUCAUCUCAGUGGAAUGAGAUACGUUCUUUUAGGUGACUGUUAUCUUCAUGUGAAAUCUCAUCUAUUACCAAAGAACUGAAUUACUGUGAAUUUUAAACAAGAUUAUCGCUGUCUGUUUCUACAUGACAGAAAGUUUCAGAUCAAAAAGUCUUAUACAUGUUUGUAUAUUUCCAAACUAAUUUACUGUAAAUGUAAUCAUGUUUUCUGUAUAAAAUAUGCAAGUCUUUACUAAGAAGUGUAUACAGUAUUAAUGUGUUUCUGCUGUUAUCAGUACUGGUGGGUACAUCUUUUUUAUGUUUUGCUGUGUAUUACACAUUUGAGAUGAAUAUAUUUGACUGUAACGUCAAGUCUUACUGUGAUUGUUAGGAACACACCAACUUGGUGUUUCAGAAUGAUAUACUUUAUUAACAUAGGAAGUUAUAACAGAUCUAUAGAAGACACAGCGCAAGGAAUACUCACCAAAGUGCCCUUUAGGAUGUAAGAUGGUACUUGUCGCUUGGGACCAAAAAAGGGAUAAAAACCUGAAAUGGAGCAGAUUCGAGGCAAUAAACACACAUUUUACUGAAAUCAUAAAACAAAUAUGUGAAGUUCAAAAUAAUGUGCCUUAUUUGAAUAACAAUAAACAAAUCCCUUGAGUAUUCUGACAUUAAAAC